UCUGUUUUCUCUGGAACUUAGAAAACGCAUGAAAUUUGAGAAACUCUUCAUGGAGGCUUCACUGCAAUAUAGUAACAAGAGAAAUGACUUAGAGGAAGGAGUAAUGCAUCUUAAAGAGAGACUAGAGGAAGAAGAAGCAUUGAGUAGAAGUUUACGGUCUGCUUUUGAUGGCUCUGUUGUUUCACUCCCAAGUCUCUCCUCAUUGUUUCUUCCACCACAGUUUAGGGAGAUUAUACAAGAACUUGCCUUAGUGGAGGCAGAGAUUCUUUGUCUAGACCGAAAAAUCGAGGAGCUGAAGCUUAAACUGUGCUACGAACAGAGACAAACGCAAGAGCUGACAGAACAGAAGAGGACAUUAGCUAGACAGAAUCAUGUGAGACGCAAAAGUUUGCAACUAAGACAUGAUCUUCAACAACGAUCUUUUUCGCAUCACUAUCAACGUUCUGCUCUAGAUACUGUCUCUAGUACUCACUCAAGGCUAUCCUUCUCUUAUGCUCCUGAUUUCUUGGAUGCCACUUCUUCAGGUGGAUUCACAGAUGAAUAUGAUGGAUUAUCGAGACCACACAUGGGUAGAGUAAGAAAGGGGCUUAGGCUUGUGGAAGUGAAGAGCAAAGAAGACCCAAACGAAGUAUCAGAACAACUCAUAAACUGUCUCAUAAGCAUAUACUUAGAACUGAAUCAAGUUUCAUCAAAGACCAAAGGGGAUGUCGAGUUUUCGAGACGGCCUUCUUCUUGUAGCCGGAAAUCAAACACAUAUAGUCAUUAUCAGAAUGCAAUGAAUCUUGAUCCUUACCACGUCUUACCAGACUCAAGUGGAGGAUUCACUAGGGAUAUUGGUCCUUACAAGAACUUCAUUCACAUUUCAAGAAGUUCCAUCGAUGUGACCAGUCUCACAUAUUAUUGUUCACCGGCUGUUCCACGCUUGAGUGUUUUGAUGGAAAAACUAUCAGAGGUGGAUUUAACUUUCUUGACCUACAAGCAAAAACUCGCUUUCUGGAUCAAUAUCUACAACGCUUGUAUCAUGCAUGCUUUUCUUGAGUAUGGGUUACCUUCAUCACACAAUAAACUACUUACAUUGAUGAACAAGGCUUCACUUAACGUCGGUGGCAUAGUUCUCAACGCUUUGGCAAUUGAACAUUUUGUCUUACGGCAUCCUUGUGAACCAGAACAUGAUUCACUUGAUGAGAAAGAAACUCUCCUGCGGCACACUUAUGGUUUAGGAUAUUCAGAGCCUAACGUGACAUUUGCACUUUGCCGCGGAAGUUGGUCUUCACCAGCACUUAGAGUCUAUACAGCAGAUGAGGUGGUGAAUGAUUUAGGAAGAGCAAGAGUGGAGUAUUUAGAAGCUUCCGUAGGUGUUUCCAGCAAGAAAAAGAUUAUUGUUCCACAGCUUCUUCAAUGGCACAUGAAAGAUUUUGCAGAUGAUAUUGAAUCUCUUUUGGAAUGGAUCUACAGCCAGUUGCCACGAUCAGGGAGCCUGAAGGCUAUGGUUAUGGAAUGUUUGAAAAGAAAAGCAAAAGUUCCUUUAGCUAAAAUGGUAGAGAUUCAAACAUAUGGCCAUGAGUUUCGUUAUCUAUUGUCAUUGUAAAUACUAGAAAUCCUUAUUUAGAUCAGAAUAACAAUGUUUGGGUAACUUCUCUCUCGGGUAAGGGCACCAUCAUCAAUAGUCUUUCAACCAAUUUUUAGGAUUUAAAUUAUUUUUUUUUUGUAAAAUAAAUUAUAUUUUAUUUUAAAGUGAAAACUUCAAGAAAGGGCUUUUUUAUAGUAGAAAUUUUUGGAAAAUAGAGAAACUGUUUUAUGUGACCUUUUUCAUUGGCUCAAUUAUUUUUAUUUUAAAAUUUAAUAGCAAAAUUAAAAUACACUAGUAUUAUAUAGUAUAUGUUAAAUAUUCUAAUUAAGGAUAGUAUCUCUUAUUAAUGCUGAUGUUGUAAAACUUAUUAUUUGUUUGUAUCUUAAAACAAAUAAAAUCGAGUUUCAUAUGAAAAAUUAAACCCUUUAGAAGUGGAGUAAUAUAAAACAAUAAAGAUAUAUAAUGGAGAUGAAUAAUAAACUUUAGCUUAAAUUGUCAGUGGAGAAGACAUGUUCCGUUCAUAUCUCCAAAAAGGAAAACGAAUAACAAGUAAUGGAUUUGUGGACUUGUGUUACAUUUGCAUCAAAUGCUGCCACCUGUCAAGAAAUACUUUUCUUAUUUAUUUGUUUAUUCAUCAGUCAAAAAUAAAACAAUACCCACAUUUUUUUUGGUAAAAAAAAACAAUUCCCACUUAAUAAAGGCUUUUAGACCUAUAGCCAUUGAAUUAUUCCUGUUUCUCGUUACCAAACCUAAGUGGGAUCCCCGUGGAUCUAUCACUAACGUGCAUUAACUUCAAUCUCAAGUGAAACUGUUUUAUAAAUGGCUAGUUGAUAAUAGUUGUGACAAAAAAAAAUGGCUAGUUGAAAACAAACGAGAAGAUUAGUAAAUACUAGUAUAAUUAAUAACAUAACCAUGUAUUACAUUACACGAGAUUAAACGUUACAAGUUGUAACUUACAACCCAACCACUGUAUAAAAACCCCCAACCAUUGUAAAUACUUCAGUAGCUGCGGGCUGUUACAAAUUUUUCUCACAGCCACUUCAACUACUCUCUUUCACUCGCCCCCACAAUUAAAACACCAAGCCCAAAAAAAGAUUAAAACACACACCAAAAA